UGGCAAAUGGUCUAGCCCGGCGGAGGCACCAGGUGGAGGCGGUGGCAGGGACACCCGCAGUGAAGGGCGGACCGUGCACGCAUGCGCAGAGGCGCGGCAGGGGGGGCGGGAGCCGCGGAACCCCUACCCCAGGUCUGCGCAGGUGAGGAGGGGGCGGGGCAGGACCGACCUCCCUUGCCGUGAUAACCACCUUCGCAGCCGGCUCCCAGACCGUUGGCACCGAUUGCCUAGAAAAUAGGGGGUCUCAGGAGCUCCGUUUUAGCGUUUAUAUAUCCCAAUUCCAAUUAAGCCACUUCCAGUAUUUUUUGGCCAUUGUCAGUGUACAAGUCUUCCUCCUCUUCGAGACCAUGUUACUGCAAUAGCAGCAAACGUGUUGGGAGGCCUCACAAUUCAUCGUGGUUUUUCUGGCCUCUGGCAGAUAGCUCCUUCCUAGCGAGCUGUGGAGCUUAAAGUCUUUUGGACACUUGAUUCUAUUCAAUCCAGUAUCAGACCAGGUCAUUGCUAGGAAGAACUCUGGGUACAAUAAUGAAUACAGUGUAUGUGAUGAUGGCUCAGAUCUUAAGAUCUCACCUGAUAAAGGCUACAGUGAUUCCUAAUCAAGUGAAAAUGCUUCCAUAUUUUGGUAUCAUUAGAAAUAGAAUGAUGUCAACCCAUAAAUCCAGAAAGAAGAUCAGAGAAUAUUAUAGGCUGCUGAACGUGGAGGAAGGAUGCUCUGCAGAUGAAGUCAGGGAAUCUUUUCAUAAGCUUGCCAAGCAAUAUCAUCCUGACAGUGGCUCUAAUACUGCUGAUUCUGCAACAUUUAUAAGGAUUGAAAAAGCUUAUAGAAAGGUGCUGUCCCAUGUGAUAGAACAAACAAAUGCCAGUCAGAGUAAAGGUGAAGAAGAAGAAGAUGUAGAAAAAUUCAAAUAUAAAACACCCCAACACCGGCAUUAUUUAAGUUUUGAAGGUAUUGGUUUUGGGACUCCAACUCAACGAGAGAAACAAUAUAGGCAAUUUAGGGCAGACCGUGCUGCUGAACAAGUGAUGGAAUAUCAAAAGCAGAAACUACAAAGCCAGUAUUUUCCUGAUAGUGUAAUUGUUAAAAAUAUAAGACAGAGCAAACAGCAAAAGAUAACGCAAGCUAUAGAACGUUUAGUGGAGGACCUCAUUCAAGAAUCCAUGGCAAAAGGAGACUUUGACAAUCUCAGUGGGAAAGGAAAACCUCUGAAAAAGUUUUCUGACUGUUCUUACAUUGAUCCCAUGACUCACAACCUGAACCGAAUACUGAUCGAUAAUGGAUACCAACCAGAAUGGAUCCUUAUGCAAAAGGAAAUAAGCGAUACUAUUGAGCAACUCAGAGAGGCAAUUUUAGUGUCUAGGAAAAAACUUGGGAAUCCAAUGACACCAACUGAACAAAAACACUGGAACCAUGUUUGUGAGCAGUUUCAAGAAAACAUCAGAAAAUUAAACAAGCGAAUUAAUGAUUUUAAUUUAAUUGUUCCCAUCCUGACCAGGCAAAAAGUCCAUUUUGAUGCUCAGAAAGAAAUUGUCAGAGCCCAGAAAAUAUACGAGACCCUUAUAAAAACAAAAGAAGUCACAGAUAGAAACCCAAAUAACCUUGAUCAAGGAGAAGGAGAGAAAACACCUGAAAUCAAGAAAGGUUUUUUAAAUUGGAUGAAUCUGUGGAAAUUUAUUAAAAUAUGAUCAUUUUGAUGUUUACUAUCAUAAAUCAUUCUUAGUUCCACUGACACUUAACAUGGAAAAUGAGAUUUAUUGCUAUAAUACAAGAAUUUAAGAACUGUGCCAUUGUACUUAUCACAAAACUAAUCACAUAGCCAAUGAUGUGUGAGUGAGAAACCUAUCAGGUUUGUCUUGAGGAUAUAGCAAGAAAAGAAAAUAACUGAAACUCCUUUUUUUUUUGAGACGGCGUCUCGCUCUGUCACCCAGGUUGGAGUGCAAUGGCACAAUCUAGGCUCACUGCAACCUCUGCUUCCCAGGUUCAAGUGAUUCUCCUGCCUCAGACUCCCGAAUAGCUGGGAUUACAGGCACACACCACCACACCCGGCUAUUUUUGUAUUUUUUGUUCUUUGUUUUUUGAGACAGAGUCUCACUCUGUCGCCUAGGCUGGAGUGCAGUGGUGCGAUCUCGGCUCACUGCAAACUCCACCUCCUGGGUUCAUGCCAUUCUCCAGCCUCAGCCUCCCAAGUAGCUGGGACUACAGGCGCCAGCCACCACGCCCGGCUAAUUUUUUGUAUUUUUAGUAGAGACGGGGUUUCACUGUGUUAGCCAGGAUGGUCUUGAUCUCCUGACCUCGUGAUCCGCCCACCUCGGCCUCCCAAAGUGCUGGGAUUACAGGUGUGAGCCACCGCGCCUGGCCUAUUUUUGUAUUUUUGGUAGAGGCGGGGUUUCACCAUGUUGGCCAGGAUGGUCUCAAACCCCUGACCUCAUGAUCCACCUGCCUUGGCCUCCCAAAGUGCUGGGAUUACAGGCUUGAGCCACCACGCCCGGCCUAAUUUUUAUAUUUUUAAUAGAGAUGGGGUUUCACCAUGUUGGCCAGGAUGGUCUCGAUCUCUUGACCUCAUGAUCCGCCUCCCUUGGCCUCCCAAAGUGCUGGGAUUACAGGCGUGAGCCACCAUGCCUGGCCAAAAGUAACUGAAACUUCUAAAGAAAAUAAUUUAGUUCAUUCUAGUGUUAAAAUGUUGGUCAUCCAGUGAAAUGAGCUAGGAUCAGUUUUCUGACUUAGGAAUCAUACAUGAAUUCCAAAAGUUUUAGUGCAGUUUUGAGCUGUAAUAACUAACUUAAAAGCAGUGACUGUUGCCAUUUUCAAACAUAGGUACUUAAACAACAACAGGGAAACCGGAAAAUCUGUUAUCAAAAGUCACAAAACUGAAGUGUUAUGAAAUUUAACCAAUUAAACCUCCAGAUGACUUUUUUUUUAAACGAGCUUGCUGGAUUUAUAUUCCUGAACUUAUUAAGGCUCAAAACCGUUCCAAGACUUUUGGGACACCCUCCAUAUGGGUGGAAAUAUUAAGAUCAGGAAAUUAGCCUACUGGAAUUACUGUACUUUUCUUUUUAUGAGGGCCUUCUCUGUGGGUACUGAAUGAAAAACACACCAAACAUCCAGAUUCUACUUUUUCCUGUCUAACUUGAUGGUUUAUUGGCUGCAGAAAUCAGUGAAGCUAGUUGAUUUAGCAAUUCUAGAAAUAAACUCCAGUGUCCGCUUUUUUUUUUUUUUUUUUGAGAUGGAGUUUCACUCUUGUUGCCCAGGCUGGAGUGCAAUGGUGCAAUCUUGGCUCACUGCAACCUCCGCCUCCCAGGUUCAAGUGAUUCUCCUACCUCGGCCUCCCAACUAGCUGGGAUUAGAGGUGCCCGUCACCACGCCCAGCUAAUUUUUAUUUUUUUUAGUACAGAUGGGGUUUCACCAUUUUGGCCAGGCUGGUCUCGAACUCCUGACUUCAGGUGAUCCACCUGCCUUAACCUCCCAAAGUGCUGGGAUUACAGGCGCGAGCCACCGUGCCUGGUCCAGUGGCCACUUUGUUUUUUUGAAAUGGAGUUUUGCUGUUGUUGCCCAGGCUGGAGUGCAGUGUUUCCUUCUUUAAUCCAGAGUGCUGUGUUACAGAAGUGGUUCAGAAGUGAGGGACUCACCACCUGCAUUUUGGAAGAAACUGUUAUUUUGUAAAAUGUGUGAUAGUUAAAACAACAAACAAAACUACACCUUCAAAAAGAAAUUUUUGGCCUUUAGCUUAGAUGCUGCAGCAUUAAUUGGCAUAAUAUGUGAUUAUAAUUUAUUGAAUGAUUUGUCAUUUGGCUUCUACAAUGAUAGUAUCACUGUAAAUAAAAUUGUGAACAGUA